AUAUGCUACGAAUGUUCUUCGCCCUACUUAUACCUACGUUUAUUUACGCGGCCGUACAAUGUUUUGUUGGCCAGAAACUGUUCAGCUACGAAUCGAACAAUGCUAUCUGCGCUCGAUUCGUUCCUUACCACUGCGCUACACUCUGUGAAUGGCGGAGAAAUUGUUCCUCACACCUACCAUUUGCAGUAUUCCAUGGAAGGAGAACAUUCGUCUCUGGACUACUCAUAAACUCAAGAUCUCUCAUGGUUCUUUGCUGCGUUUCACUGGCUACAAAAGUUGAAAGUGAUGACAGAGGUCGCGAAAAAUGUGCAUGGCGUGAUACUGAGUCAAUCGUUAUCUUGGGUCCUUCAAUUCGUACCAAUCCAGUGCUGGCACCUAACCACUACAUCAGGGAUGUUCGAAUGCUACACGAUGGAGCUUCACGAGUUGAUGUGACCCUUGAAGUAUGUCAAUAUGAAACCGAGCGAGAACAUUGCAAUACUGAAGUAUGUCAAUCUGAAGACUAA